GAAUUGAAAUAUCAUUUCGAAAAGUGCGUGGUAUUUUUGUUAUUUGGAUUACAAAGGCUUAGUCAAAGAUGAGUGAAGGCCGGGGCGCGAUGAUAGACAAGUCGGAGAGUAGUUCCUUCGAGGACCUGACGUCAGCAGCGGCCGCUGAUGAAAUUGAAGAGGCAAAGCUCGCGGAAGCGGCAGCGGAAAAAGAAAAGUUGCUGGAAAGCAAAACAGAUGAGUGGCAAGAUGUGCUAGGGUCUGGAAGUCUGCUUAAGAAGAUUAUAAAAGAAGGUGAUGAAUCGGAAGGGCAAAGACCUAAACGGAGUGAUAUUUGCAAAGUUAGUUAUGAAGUUAAAAUCCGGGACACAGGUGAACUGGUGGAAAAACGAGAUCAAGUUAAGAUAUAUUUGGGAGACAAUGAAAUCCUACAAGGCUUGGACUUAGCACUGACUCUCAUGUAUCAAGGAGAGGAAUGUUUGCUGCAACUCGCUCCGCGCUUCGCUUACGGCGAAACUGGACUCCAACCUGGGGAGAGUCUGGGCCUGGUCGGCGAAGACGAUAGCCAGAAAUAUGAAGGUCCCAUCAUUGGACCAGAUACUUGGCUGGCAGCGCGCCUGGAACUUCACGACUGGACAGAAGAACCGGAACACGAUACUUUACCCAUAGCCGAAAGAAUGGAGAUUGGUACCCGUCGCCGCGCGCGAGGAAAUUGGUGGUAUGGGCGCGGCGACGCCCAACUUGCCGUGCAGCUGUACAGACGAGCGCUCGACGUACUGGACGAGAGCGAAGGCGGCAUCACCGAACCUACUGUCACCGGAGACAUGGCUCCUACAUCUGAUGCUCUGCAUGCACUGCUUGAGGAACGGCUGCGUGUUGAGAAUAAUAUGGCAGCCGCGCAGUUGAAGGCCGGAGCUUAUGAGGCUGCUUUACAGGCCGUAACCCGCGUCCUAACCUGCCAGCCAAAGAACGCCAAGGCGCUAUAUCGCAAAUCGCGAAUUCUAUCCGCAAUGGGGCGCAAUUCGGAAGCGCUCGCUGCCGCCCGCGCCGCAGCGACCGCCGCACCCGAUGAUGCGACCGUGCGGAAGGAGUUGCAGCGUUGCGAGAAUCGGGCCACACGCGAUCGCUCGGUCGAAAGGCGUCUCGCUAAACGCAUGUUAGGAACUACUGAUGAGGCCAAGGAGGGGUCAUCGCCAGACAAGAAACCUUCCAGGGCUAAGAUGCUGAUGUGGGGCUCCCUGCUGCUAAGCCUGCUGGUGGGCGUGGCCAGCGUGCUCGUCUACCGAUACAAGAUGCAGUCGCACUGACGCGGCUGCUAAUGUCGAGUAAACGAGAUUUGAAGAGCGAGUGAACGAUGAAGAUGUAAACGCUACUUACGGGAAAGUAUUCAUUGUAGGAGCGUUAUAUGCAUAUAUACUACAACAUCUAUCAAAUAAAAUUAUAGUUAUUUUUCUAAAUGUCUGAAGGUUCAGAUGGAACGUAGCUCCACAGUGUUGGAAGUUAAGGGCAAUUAGAGCGUUUCGUAUCUUUAUCUCUAAUUCGACAUUAGAACAAUGGGUGUAUACCUACAUUUGUAGUGACGAUUAAUUACUUCUACAUUAUACUUUGAAUAAAAAGUAGUACUCUAUUUCCCGUUAAGUAAAACUUCAUUGUCGUUGACGUAGUAUUGCAAUGUGUAUUUUUUAAACCGUUUUUCAGAUGUUGACUUGGAUAGUAAAAAUUAUCAAGAAAUAUGUAUUAUAUUAACAAAUUCAUAAUAAUACGGAACAAAGAAAAAUAUGUUAUUUAUAGUAUAUAGACCAAUUGCAGCUAGGUUUACUUUGGUCCUAUAGUGCUGAGUUUUUUACUGAUUAAUGUUCAUAUUAUUUUUUUGACAAUUUAUAACUACUCCGAAUAUCACAUAGACAACAAAAGUACAUAGGUACCUAGUAGCAUAGUAUAAUAAAACGA